CCUCUUCUUUUGGUGUCUAGCCUCCUUCUCUGCUUCGGCUUCUCCCCCAGCAUCUCGGCCAGCCUUUCAGCUCAUCGUUCCCGUUCCAACACCCCAAAAAGGCUCACCUCGCGGCCAUCCAUCUACGGCCCAGCAAGCACUGAGUCUUCCAGACGCACCCCCUCUCGCCAAUUCUUCAACGAGAUCGGUCCUGCUGUUCGCGAAAACCCGAAGAACCUAUGACCAUCCCUCCUCCCGGACUGGGGGGCGGGACCAUCAAAUCAGCCCCCGCCAGCUGGGGCGUUGCUCUCCCUCAUUCUCCUACCAGUAGUGACUCCGCUUCCAUGACUUGGAAUAGCACGAUGGGGUUUGGGACGGGUCUCAAUAUUGGUGGAAGCAGUGGAAGUGGAGGGAAGAGAGAUCCAGUACAAGCAAUCUCAGUCGUCAAGGGACAAGUCGGCUUCAUGGUGAGAACUCUCACAGAAGACAACUUCGAUAGGGCGUCCAAUGAGAUUAGACAUUUGGUAUCUGUACAUGGGCCCGAACUCUAUCACGACUUUCUCAGACGAGCCGCGAACAUGGCCAAUCCUAUCAUACAAGCUCUGAUCCACCACUCCAAAGACGAGCCAUCCUCAUAUCCCAAUCUUCCUUCAUCCGGUGUCGCGAUGUUGAACUGGAAGAUGAUCAUACAGGAAGCUGUUCGGGCAUCAAGGGAUGUCACCCUCGCCCCCCACUUCUCACUCGUGAUGCUCUCAUCGAGCUUGUCACCACCAAAUCCCUUUCCCCUCCCAUCUCUUCGACUCCUUAGACUGUCGACGUCUUUACUCUUCUCUCUCACCGCCUUCACUCUCGCAUCACCUCAGGUGUUCCCAAAAUCCCACGCCUCUUAUCCAGUUUUCCUCGCUUUCCUUGCCCAAACAUUCCCUCAGGCAAUGGAUAUCCUACAAAGCCCACAGGUACCAUUUUGGCAUAUGGGUGCGAUUCCGGGGAGGGAAGAGCCUUUAGAGGAAGAUUUGACAGCUGAGGAGGCUAUGGCUUUGGUACUGGCUCUGUAUCCCAAAGCAGACAUCCCAGAGGCAGGAGGGUUGUCGACUGUAUCUGUCAACCCCACGCCUCCUCACACUUCACCCCUCACAUCCCACCAACGAGCGACUCUUUUAGGGUCACUCGUUGUCAAAUUCUCAACACCUUCCAUCAUCCUUCGGACUAUACCGAUGAUGUCUCCUGGAGGGCCCCCGAGAUCUUGGAGUCCCACGGUGUCUGAAGGGUAGUGGCCGCGUAUAGCACCGGCGUUGGUUGAUCGUCCUUCAUCGUCAAGCAGACGCAUUUUUCGCAUAUAUAAUGAUUUCGCAUUGUACGAGUUAGUGACUGUGUAUCCUACGGUGGAAAACUAGCUAGUUUAGGGAAAGACACUCAUGUCAUGCCGCAUAUGUAUGGUGGA